UAUUUUUAUUUCUAUCAGCUGUCGAUCGCGUAGGUAUUUAACAAAGUGGGGCCAUAGAUUAUGCUAGUAGUUUAACGGAUUAUUACUCGUGACAACGUAAUUCCAAGAUAAUUGGCAAUCAGUUUUAACUGUAUCUAUCUACUAACGGUAUCUAAGUGCGUUGUGUCUUCAAGAGCAAAGUUCACACUUUAAUAUGAGUUCAUUUUGCCAAGUAACAGAUAAGGACUUUAGCCUGGAAUUGGUUCAAGUAUUAUUUAGACAUGGAGAUAGGACACCGCGUGAAAAAGAAAUAUCGCCAGUCGAUUAUCAUAACAUAUCAAUUUAUGAACCGUGGGGUCUUGCUCAACUGACGAACGAAGGAAAGAUGAGAGAGUAUCGGAUCGGAACGAUGUUAAAAGAACGUUAUGGUAAAUUUUUGGGAGAUGUCUAUCAUCCCAGCGACGUUUAUGCGUACAGUACGGAUCACGACCGAACGAAAAUGUCCCUUCAAUUGGUGUUAGCUGGACUCUAUCAUCCAACUCCACUGCAAACGUGGAAUCAAAAUUUAUCGUGGAUGCCUAUACCGAUUUAUUAUAUGCCAGAGAAAAUCGAUAAUAUUCUGAAACCCGAUCUUUCCCCAUUAUAUAUGAAAACUGUAGACGAAGUUAGAAAUACGGAAGAGAUUCUUCGAAAACUACUAUCCUAUAGAGAUCUAUUCAAGCUGCUUAGCGAAAAGACUGGUCUGAAUAUAACGACAACGUAUAUGGCAUAUGAACUAUACAACCAACUUGUAGCAAAGCAAACCAUGAAUCAUUUAUUGCCAGAAUGGUAUACCGAAGAAGUUUCCAAAAAGCUACAAGAUAUCGUGAAGAUAGAAUACGAAAUACGUUCCUACACGCCGCUUUUGAAACGAUUGAACGGCGGUGUGAUUAUCAGAAGAUUCAUUGACAAUAUUCGAAUAAACGAGAAACGCGAUAGACCAAGAAAGAUUUACUUGUAUAGCGGACAUGAAGUAAAUGUCGCUGCUGUUGUGAGAGCGCUCAACUUAACCGAGCCUGAGAUACCGCCUUAUGGAUCUGCGAUUAUAUUUGAGAAACUGAAGGAUCUAAAUAACAAGGUCUACAUCAGGAUGCUAUUCUGGAACGGAGUUACGGACGAAUUGAAAGUUUAUAAAAUUUCAGAAUGCGACGAAAUUUGUCCAAUUGAAAAAUAUUUAAAUAUCGUAAAUGACUUGCUUCCAUCGGACGAGGAAGUUAACCACAAAUGGGAUUAUCUAUCGAAAGAAGAGUUACAUAAACUAUACGUCGAAACGCUUAAUGUUAAUUAAACGUUGGUCAUGUUAUAACAACGAUAUAAUUGCGACACGAAGUAACACUUAAUAUAUAUGAAAGAUAUAUAUUAAUAUGAAAGAUAGAAAUAUGAAAAAUAGAACUUCCUUCGCGAACUAUCGUAAACUAAUGACGUAACAUAGCAAACUGAUAACAAUAUGUACUUAUAAUAUUAAGUAUUUUCAAUCUAAGCUCGUUAAGAAACAAGUUGUCUUAUAUUCAAUGAAUAAUCUUUCGAAACAAAUUCAAUUUUGUUUGUUUUAUCACGCGUAUGUAUCACGAACGCGAACUUUAAAUUUUAGAUACGUAUUCGAUUAAUUUUUGAGAACUUGUUCAUCACACAUUUUAUAUCUUGACUCAAGUUAAAACUACAAUUGCCGAAUGUAUUAUGUACAACCGAUGGUAAUUUGCAACUAUUAUCUUAGCCGAUGAUUAUAGUCAACGCCAUUUUACCUUUUACCGACGCACGAUAUAAUUAUUUAUGGUAAGUUAUCUUUGCCGAUAUUUAACGAAAUGAUUUUAAUCAACCAUCGAUGACAAAAAAAUUUAUCGAUCGUAUGACCCUUUUUUUAAUUUCUCCAACCGAUCGCAAUAUGUAUAUAGAUACAUACAUUAUAUUCUAGUUUAGUUUCGUAUAUUCGUUGCACGCAUAAUUCUUAAAUCGCUAUAAAAAUUAGUGCUCGAUUGUUAUAACAUUCUUAUAUCUAAGAUAUAGAAUUUUUUUAAUCAGAAAAAAUAUAAUAAUAACAUUCUUUCAUAAUAUGUAUUAUAUAAGAUGCUGAAUUUAAAAACAUUUCCUAUUGAUGUAUUCAUUUUCGGACGCACACACACACAUAUAUAUAUAUAAAAUAUUGCUAAGAAUACAAAUAUUAUUUCAUCCGAUUUGCAUGUCUUUUCUACUUAGUUGAUUUCAACUUAAUCGACAGUUUAAUAUAUAGUACAUAAUUGAUAUUCAUAUUUUUAAUACUAUUAUUAGUAUUUUAACUUUAAGAACAAUAACUUAUAAAUUUACUCGAAAGGAAUUUGCAAUAAAAAUUCUUUUCACGAUAUUUUAUACGUAUACUAAAUGCUAAUUGAGUAAAAUGCACGUUAGUACAUGUAAGAAUAGUAAGUUUAAGUCAUACAGUUCCAACUUAUGUGUCUGCGUAUCUCUGAUCACUUUUCGCCUUUAUAACAUAUUAAGUAUUACGCGGAAGUAAAAUAUGUAUUAAUAUAUA